UGGACCGCAUGAGGAUCGUGACGUGGUGAUUGGUCGUCGAACUGCAUAUUGAAAACUACUUGGUUAGCCGUACCUACUUUGAGAUUAGGUCGAGGGCGUUCUUUUAUACACGUCUACGAACCUUAGUUUAUGCGGAAGAGAAGGUUUAUUCGGUGGUUUUGGCGGGAAUCAACCAGUUUGCUGUUGAAUUGUCUGAUUAGAAUUAGAAGGGCCGCGUGACCGUGACUGCUGCGACUGACUGAGCGGAACUCGUACGGCGGCGACAUGAAGCUCUACAGCCUCAGCAUCCAUCAUAAAGGAGCGACCAAAGCCAACCUCCUCAAGUCGGCCUUUGACCUCUCCUCCUUCAGCUUCUUCCAGCGCUCCAGUGUUCAGGAGUUUAUGACCUUCACCAGUGCCUUGAUUGUGGAACGGACGUCACAAGGAAGUCGUGCCUCCAUCAAAGAACAAGAGACCCCGUUGUUGCAUAUCUCCCAUCAUCCCCCACGUUUCCCCGUGCUUCGUAAAUGUCAGGUAUUCAGACAAGGAAGACACAGAUGCGUUGUGGCUGUGCUGUUUUACGAACACCUGUUUCAAAAUCCAUCACUUUUACUUCUGCAUUUCUUGCUCUGGGUUAACCCGUACCACACUUUUGUUUGGUUCACUCUGUACCUGGUUUCUCUUUCCACCUCAGAGUACCUGUGCCAUGUGUAUGUGAGAAAUGACAACCUCAGCGCCGUGGUCAUCGCAGAUACCGAAUACCCACAGAGAGUCUGUUUCACAUUGCUCGACAAGGUAUUAGAGGAGUUCUCCAGGCAAGUAGACAGUAUAGACUGGCCCUCUGGUAAUCCUGACACCAUAAACUACAAAGCCUUGGAUAUUCACCUUUCUAAAUACCAGAAUCCCAAAGAAGCCGACGCAAUGACCAAAGUGCAGGCAGAGCUGGAUGAGACAAAGAUAAUUUUGCACAACACCAUGGAGAGUCUGUUGGAGAGAGGGGAGAAGCUGGAUGACCUUGUGGCAAAGUCGGAGCACCUGGGAAACCAGUCAAAGGCCUUCUACAAGACCGCACGGAAACAGAACUCGUGCUGUGAAGUCAUGUGAUGUCGCUGCCUCGUCCUUUGCGGACACGCCUCUCUCUCCCCCGCUGCCUUUUUUUUGCUCUUCCUACAUCUCCCAUCACGCACCAGCCAUCAGCUCGCGACACAAAGAAUGUGACGGCGCCCAGUCUGAGGGCGCUACGGUGGUCGAGUCUCCCAUGGCUGGAUUGCGACUGAUGGGGUAGGGGGGGAGGGGCUGAAGGAGUGACAGGAGUUUGGGCGUGAGGGAAGACGUACCCUUUUGAAUAGUUUUUAACCUCUCAAACAUCCAUGUGCUGCUCCAACACCAGCUGCUGACAUCAUAGCGUGGCGUGUUUCAGGUGGCGUCGGAAUUAAUGUUGUUCUGAUGGAACCUCAUCUCUUAAAAGUUCUCGAACGGGCAACUCUUGACAAUCUCGCAGCCUCAUUUGGGGAUUUAAUUCUAUGCGUCGCCCGCUUCGGUUCAGUUUCUGUCAAAGCACAAACUGAUUAGUUUUUUUUUUUCUUUCUUCAAUGGCCACGCGGUGGCUCCAUUUAUUUACCAUCAUUACUCCAGUAGACCUCGACAAUAACUCUUAACUUCAGCCCAAGACAGCACAGCGUUGUUUUUUUUUACUAAGAUGAUUUAGAAAUUCUAGUUUGGAUUAAGUUACAUGACGUCUUUGAUUUCUUUUUCUUUUUUUCUCACUUGUGUCAGUGUUAAAUGAAACUUUAAAACAUUCCCACUCUGGGUUGAGUGUUCUUUAGUGUGAUGUGAAAUGUAGAGAUGUUUCUUCAUACGCAGCCUUAUCGUAGAGUGGCUAACGUGUAAACCCCCUCACCCCCGGCCUCUUUAGAGACCAUGCCGUCUCAUGAGGAGGACAGGGCUCGUAUGCUAUUCUCUUUUACUCUAUCCGUUGUAGCCACACUAGUUUUCUGUUUUUCUAAUCACUCUGGUGGUCCACUUACGACACUUAAGCAGGCCAGGGGCUCGUCUGCACCUCUAAAAUCUGGAAUCACCGAUGUUGAUUCUGGGGAAGCUUCUCCUGAGACAUAUUUGAAAGAGGACAGACGUCAAAUUGAGUGAACUUCACAUCCCCCUCUCUUACAGUAAGACACUCCGUGGCAGACUUUAAUUUUCUGUUUGCUUUUGUAUGUAAUGUCUUUCUUCAGGAAAGGCGGAUCAGUUUAAGAUAAAGAUGCCUUCGGUUGUGUGUUUUAGAUGUUUCUCUGCCGUACAUGCGUAUGAUUUGCCGAUAUACAGCAUCGAUGUUGAGAGCCUGUGCGUGAGGACUGUUGUGUGUGUGUGUGUGUGUGAUCUGGAUCGUUCUGCUUUUACAGUGUAAACCUUUUGUGCAAUAUGUCUGCAGAAUCUCUCUUUAAUAAAAAAGCUGAUAAUAACUGCAGAGACCUCUUGAAGGACAGUCAAAUUGACCUUUUGUAUAUGCUAUUAUGACUAAUUCCAAUGUGAAGCGUGUCCAAGUUUUUUUUUUCCCUAUAAUCUGUUUCGAUUUCUCCUGUCAAAAUGUCCAAUUAAUGUGCUAAAUUUAAAAAGGAAAGAAAUCAGUGUAUUAACGGUCUGCAUUAAACGUUUUGAUCUGGAUUUGGUGUGAGGAUU